GUGGGGUGGGACACAUCCGGAUGUGACCUGAGGCGGGCGGCGGCGGCAGAGCCGGAGCCGGUCGGGAGAGCAGAGUGGGGAGGGGUCCAUGGAGGGAGAGGACGGGCCUGGCUGGGAGUCCCUUGGUUAUCGCUGUUCGUCUGCAUUUUCUUCACUGCUGCUCAUGCUCUCAUGGGCCCUGUCACUCCCAAGCAUCUGGAAGAGGCCAGAUCCCCAUAAAAUAGGCUGACUCUCACAGCCAUAAUGGAUGACUUGAACCUGCACUACCGGUUCCUGAACUGGAGGAGGAGGAUCCGGGAGAUUCGAGAGGUGCGGGCUGUCCGCUAUCAGGAGAGAUUCAAACACAUUCUCAUCGACGGGGACACGCUGAGUUACCAUGGGAACUCCGGGGAGGUUGGCUGUUACGUCGCCCCCCGCCCACUGACCAAAGACAACAACUACUUUGAGGUGUCGAUUGUGGACAGUGGCGUGCGGGGGACCAUCGCUGUGGGCCUUGUGCCGCAGUAUUACAGCCUGGACCAUCAGCCGGGGUGGCUGCCUGAUUCCGUGGCCUACCAUGCUGACGACGGCAAACUCUACAAUGGCAGAGCGAAGGGCCGACAGUUUGGGACGAAGUGCAGCUCGGGGGAUCGGAUCGGCUGCGGGAUCGAGCCGGUUUCUUUUGAGGUCCAGACGGCCCAGAUAUUCUUCACCAAGAACGGAAAGAGGGUUGGCUCCACCAUAAUGCCGCUGUCCCCGGACGGGCUCUUCCCUGCCGUGGGGAUGCACUCGCUGGGAGAAGAGGUUCGUCUCCACCUUCACGCCGAGCUGGGCAACGAGGAGGACGACAGUAUCAUGAUGGUGGACAGCUAUGAGGACGAGUGGGGCCGGCUUCACGACGUGAAGGUCUGCGGCACGCUCCUGGAGUAUGUGGGCAAGGGAAAGAGCAUCAUCGACGUUGGACUGGCCCAGGCAAGGCACCCCCUGAGCACCAGGAGCCACUACUUUGAGGUGGAGAUCGUAGACCCCGGGGAGAAGUGCUAUAUCGCACUAGGCCUGGCCCGGAAGGACUACCCGAAAAACCGCCAUCCUGGCUGGAGCAGAGGAUCUGUGGCCUACCAUGCAGACGAUGGGAAGAUCUUCCACGGGAGCGGCGUGGGUGACCCCUUCGGGCCCCGGUGCUACAAGGGCGACAUUAUGGGCUGCGGGAUCAUGUUCCCGCGGGAUUACAUCCUCGACAGCGAAGGUGACAGCGACGACAGCUGCGACACCACAGACCUGAAACCCAAGCUGCGGGGCGUGCGGAAUGUCCUGUACCUGCACCAGGAGGUGGAGGAGGAAGAGGAGGAGGAGGAAGAGGACGGGGAGGAGAUGGAGCAGGAGCACGAAGGGAAGAAAGUGGUGGUGUUCUUCACACGCAACGGAAAGAUCAUCGGCAAGAAGGACGCGGUGGUGCCGGUCGGCGGCUUCUUCCCCACCAUCGGCAUGCUGAGCAGCGGGGAGAAAGUCAAGGUGGACCUCCACCCGCUCAGCGGCUAGGAGACGGGGGGGCGGGGCAUAUCCCAUCUGCCGCCCUCUCUCGGGGUCAGCGCCCUCCCCAUGGGGCACCCCAGGGACGUUCUCCAUCACUUCAAUCCCUUGCGCUUUGAGCCUCUGCCUGCAGGGGGCAGCGCUUCGUCGCCGGCAGCUGAAGUAUUAUCCCAGCUGGUUCCGCACGGGUCCCUCCCCGCCCCGCAGGGCCCUGGCGCCCGGCAGUCUGCAGGCGGGACGUUGGGGGGGCUGGAGAGGGCUCUGGAUGGGCCUGGUACUGCCCCCAGUGCCAGCCAGAGCACGGGGCAGCCUCCUGUGUGUAGCAACGUGCCAAGCCUUGGGCCCAGCC